AUGCCGCCAUCCAACAGCAAACGACAACCUCGGAAAAUUCGACCAUGGAAGCAGAGGUCGCAGGAUAUGGAUCGGAGGUCCAAGUUUCAGCGACACGGUAGUCUGAGGUAUAGAAAUACCGAAGACAACUCUUCCGAUGGGCGAGGCUUGAAGCCAAGGCUGGUUAGCAGAGGUCGGGAUGAAGACGGUGGUUCCGGCGGGCGCGGAGACAACGAUAAUGGAGCACGUAAUUUUGGUGAACUCGAUGACGAUUCGGACGAUAGUGAUGGACUUGGUGAUUUGAGCGACGAAGACAACGACAGUGUCAGCGAUUUCAGCGAUGAUGAGGAAGAUGAAGGCCUUCCCCCUCCUCCACCACCGCCACAGCCAACUGGGGCAAGUUCCUCUGGGUCUUUCGUCACUUUAACUGCGCUACCACCGAGCAAAGUCACAUCUCAGCCACAAAUCGUGACGGUUCCUGUGCCGCAAGCACCGUCUCCUUCAUUACCAGUUGUGUUGCCCGCGACUCUCACCAAACCGGGACUGGUUCUCAACCCAACAACCGAUAAAAAGGAAGAAGGCGAUGUAAAUACUGCGUUGCCAUCAUUUCUUACUACUACAAGUGUCCAGUCAAUACCCACGCCAACAUCUAUCGAGACGGCGACAGCUCCGACAUCGUCGAUAUAUGAGAAGCCCGAAUUUAGUAUGGCAGACGAUGAUAAUAACGAUAACGAUGGGGGCAAGCAUAAAUACCACGGAGACAAGGACUCGUCCCGAGGUGGCUUAGAUUCCACGGCAGAGCACCUCCUCAUUGCUGCUGGAGCUAUUGGCGCCUUUAUCUUGUUCUGCUUCAUUGGCUGGAUUGUCUACAGGGUUUUAAAACGAUCAAAAGGUCAAAGCUUCAGCGGCGGCCGUGGUAUGGGUUUUAUUGGAAAGCUUUACGGAAGACGCAAGGAACCAACGGAAGGCACCUGGGAUGGCCGUACGAUGUACAUGGCCAAUGAGGCACCUCCUCUCUACGAAAAGGGCGAAUAUGGUACUAUUCAAUCAGGCACUUACUAUGGUCCUGGAAAACCGUAUUUACCAGGACCAGGUAGCCUUAACCGCUCAGCGUCCUCAGUUUCUGGAACUGGAACCCUUCAACGACCAAUGAACGAAAAUCCGGCACUCGCAAGCAUUAUUGAUCAAUACCAACCGGGUAACGGAGCCGCUGUAAACAACAGCAAUGUCGACUUGACCUUGAGGUCACAAAUGUCUCAACCAUACUAUACCGAAGCGGAUGUUAUCCAUGAUCCACCGGAAAUGUAUAAUGUACCAAAACGAGCGGGGAACCGAGCUAGCGAAUUGUCAUCGAUUUCAUCCGGGUUUGGAGACGGUGAUAUCAUUAUACCACCACAGACGGUAGAGAAGCCCCCGGUCCCUCAGAUUCCGGAUACUCCAGCCGCGCGAGAAUCGUGGAUGAGUCGGGAAGGUGAUAGAAGGGAGACGGUUUAUACAACUACGAGUGAGGAUCGACCGGCUCGGUUCCGAUCUAUAACUAGCUGGGUCAAUCAACAAGCAGGUCGGGCGAAGAGAGCUGGUUCGAGGGCCAAGGAAAGGGGAGAAGUUCCUGUCAUGCCGGCGAUACCGGGCGAAAUAAGUGCUACCCAGCAAACCACAUACCGGUGA